AACUGAGGGAAUUAGGUUACUAUGGCAACGAGAGCUGGGAAACGCAGAGACAGGAGGGGAACUAAACUAGAGCCAACUCUAAGGGAAACAAACACUGAACUAACUCGGAUGAACAGGGAAAAGAAACCUAAACAUGAGCUAACAUAAAAUAGUAACUCAAACUAAAUCUAAGGACAUGAAAAGAACUAAGUAAACAAACAGAAAUACUGAACAACAAAAUAACUGAUUCCCAGACUGAAAAAUAAGGAACUAUACUAGAAAUAAGGCUGGGGAGAACAACUAAUAAUAAGGAAAACAAACCCCUGAGUAAACAAUAACUAAAGGGGAUCUAAAGACAAGGAGAGGACAAGCCACUAGAACUCAGGGGCUGAAGUACAGAGAGAACAGUCACAAAACUAAGAAACACCAGGCAGGAAAAAAUAAACAUAACUACUAAACCAAAAGGAAUAGAAACACCUAACUGAAUAAGUGAACAAACACAAAACACAAAAUGGCAGAUCCUGACAAGAGGCUGUAGAAGACUAAAUUAUACAAAAAUCAUAAAGUGAACAAACAUUAAGUUUGUGCAUGUACGUGCACUCCAGAAUAAACCUAGAAUAAAAAUCAAAUUUAUAUGGUCAAGAAUCAAAAUAUAGUGACUUUAAGAUUACAUCAUCACCAACAACCAAUGAGAGGGAAUUCUGCGUUGCUUAGCAACAGAAAACAAGCUGUCCAUUGAAGACUGCAUGCUCACAUGUUGAUGUUCUGGUUUCUCUGGACUUUAACUUUCCUUUCCUUCUUCCUGCCAUGGCUGAAAUCACCAUGUGUGAGCCUGGUGAGCUCUACAAUCUCCUCAACCAGCGCCGGUGUGUGUCGAGGCUGGCAGAGAUCAACUACCUCUGUCUGAUUGAUGCCCAGGAAACCCAGGACUACCGCACAGGUCAUAUUGUAACAGCCAAAAUUAUGAAAAUGGGUGCAGAUGGUUCAUGCUACUUGCCGGAUGCAGUGGAGAUUGACAGUAUGCAGCACAUUGUGGUCUAUGACAGUAACACAAGCUGUUUACUGGAACAAGGAAGGGCAGUCGACUGUGCCCAGGUGCUGGCAAAAUCCAGCUCCCAUCCAGUUCAAAUACUGACAGGAGGCUUUAGGACGUUCUCGGCUCUGUACCCGUUUUUAAGGACUGAGAAGAUCCUUUACACAAUCACUGAGCUGGAAAACCUGACGAUUUAUCCAGUGGAGAUUAUAUCUGGACUUCUGUAUAUGGGAGACCAGAAACAAAGCCAGGAUGCAAACACCCUGAAGGACCUGAAAAUCAGCGCUACUGUCAACCUCUCACAUUUUACUCAGAAUGACUCUGCAGACGGGACCCAGGUGAUCCUUAACAUCCCAGUAGCUGAUGACGUGGAGUCGGACCUAUAUUCAAACUUCCAAACAGUAUGCUGGUUUAUUAAUUCUCACAUAAAUGCAGGAUCUCGUGUCCUGAUCAUUUCCAGGCAGGGCAGAAGCCGCUGCAGCGCUGUGGCCAUCGCCUUCCUCAUGGACCACUUCAAAUACACACUGGAGGACGCCUGGAGGCACAUGAUAAAAUGUAAACCCAGCAUGAGGCCCAACACAGGGUUUCUACAACAGCUGUGUGACUGGGAGGUUCACACCAUGGGAAGGAAACACACAGAUUUAUCAAAAGCUCAAUUUUAACAAAAGAUGCAUCGUAUCAGUCUAUCUGUAUGUAUAUCCUUAUGCUGGUCAGCUUCUUGAAUAUUUGCUUUAAAAAGGCAAUUUGCUAAAUUUCCCUAAUAAACUUAUUUAUGUUA